UAAACACACAUAUAUAUACAGGAAGAGAGAGGGGUGAAUACGGUGGGCUGGGGAGAUCACAUGAUGUUUGAGUUGAUUUUGUGGUGAAUGGCGGAAUAAAGAUCAAAAAGGAGAAAACUUUUUAGUGUUUUUUUUUUUUGGGGUUCUGGGUGAGCGAAGCCAUGGAGAUUCCGUUGCCAUUUCACAAGCCUCUGAGCUCAAGAACAACCCUUAGUAUCACCGCAACACAGUUCAAGAUUAAGCCUUUCUUUGGGUUCUUCCCUCAUGGAACCACCAGUCUAUCAGCGCAUUCUUCUUCUCAGAACAAAGUUCAAGUUGUGGGAGGGUUUCUACAUCAUAUCAGUGCAAGUGCAGAUUUUCCAAGAAGGAAGAGAAAAGUUUCUACUCCAAAGAGUGAAGGGUCUUCUCCUAGGGGAUUUUCAUCCAGAACAGCAACUGGAACAAGUAGCCAGAGAAGGGAUCAGAAGAACAUCAAGGAAAAAGAAGAUGAACAAACUUCACCAUCCAAAGAAUCUGAAGUUCCCUCCCAGAAAAAGAUUGAGGUCAAAAUUGAUGAUAUUGAAGAUGAAAUUCAAGGAGUUGAAGAAGUAGAGGAAAGUGAAGGUCAAAGUAAGGAUGACAGUGACUCGGGCAGAAUUCCACAAUCUGUUCCUGAUAUUAGUCAAUUUGCAAGUAAUGGAGUAGGCAGCAAAGUUGUAAAUAAUGAUAUAAAGUCAAGUGAAGUGAAAAGAGUAACCGGAGAUGAUGCUCUGGAUGUUUUAGAUAGAGUCGAGUUAGGAGAAAUGCCAUUAAGUGAUGAUAAGGCAGGCUACUUAAAAGAGAACGAAAGUUUGGAGUUCAACAAUUUCCAGGAAACAGCUAUUGCAGAAACAGUCUUGGAAACUGAUGUUCUGAAUGAGAUAGAUUCGGAGGAGGCUCAGGUGGAUAUUAUCAGAAGUGAUAAAGUGCAAGAUGAAGACAAUGAGGAAAAUCGGUCACAAGAAGCGUUGAGUACUGUGAGUGAUGCUCGAGAUGCUGCAGUUGGGACUGUUGAAGGAGAUAGGCAAUUAGAAACUACGGAGACUAUUGUUGUAGGAGAAAUUGAAAACAGUGAUAUUGAUGAAGACAAUGAGGAAAAUCUGUCACAAAAAGCGUUGAGUACUGUGAGUGAUGCUCGAGAUGCUGCAGUUGGGACUGUUGAAGGAGAUAGGCAAUUAGAAACUACGGAGACUAUUGUUGUAGGAGAAAUUGAAAACAGUGAUAUUGAUGAAGACAAUGAGGAAAAUCCGUCACAAAAAGCGUUGAGUACUGUGAGUGAUGCUCGAGAUGCUGCAGUUGGGACUGUUGAAGGAGAUAGGCAAUUAGAAACUACGGAGACUAUUGAUGUAGGAGAAAUUGAAAACAGUGAUAUUGAUGAUGGUAAAGAGGAGGAAGAUUAUUCUUUAAAGUUGAAGCUAGAGAUGGAAGAAAAUUUACGCAGACGGGCUAUAGAAAGGCUUGCUGAGGAAAACUUCUUGCAAAGGAACAAAUUAUUCUAUUAUCCCGAGGAGGUAAAACCCGAUGAAGAUGUAGAAAUAUUUCUUAACAGAAGUCUCUCCACUUUGUUGAACGAGCCCGAUGUAUUGAUCAUGGGAGGAUUUAAUGACUGGCGUUGGAGAUCUUUUACCAUGAACCUUAGCAAGACUAAUUUAAAUGGGGAUUGGUGGUCUUGCAGGCUUCAUGUUCCCAAGGAAGCAUACAACAUUGAUUUUGUGUUUUUCAAUGGAAAAGAUGUCUAUGAUAACAAUAAUAUGAAAGACUUCUCUAUAACUGUAAAAGAUGGUAUGGAUGCUUUGGACUUUGAAAAUUUCUUGCUUGAGGAGAAACAGAGGGAGCUGGAAAGAAUUGCUAAGGAACAAGCUCAAAGAGAAAGAGAAGCAGAAGAAAAGAGAAGAAUAGAAGCAGAGAAAGCUGCAAGUGAAGUCGAUAGAGCACAGGCAAGAGAAGAGGUUGCAAAGACACGGAAAAUUUUGCAAGCAGCAAUCGAUAAGGCUUCAAAGUCUGUUUCUGACAACUGGUAUAUAGAGCCCAAAGAAUUCAAAAGUGAGGACAAGAUUAGAUUGUACUAUAACAAUAGUUCAGGUCCACUUUCCCGUGCUAAUGAAAUAUGGAUUCAUGGAGGACAUAAUAAUUGGAUGCAUGGUUUGUCUAUCAUUGCAAAGCUUUCCAAAUCCAAGAACAAGGAUGGUGACUGGUGGUAUGCUGACGUUGUUGUUCCUGAUCGAGCACUCAUCUUGGAUUGGGUUUUUGCUGAUGGGCCACCUGGGAAGGCAAUUGUUUAUGAUAACAAUAAUCGGCAGGACUUUCAUGCCGUUGGCUCAGAAAAAAUUCCAGAAGACUUGUUUUGGGCUGAGAAAGAAGAUCAAAUAUAUAAGAGACUUCAGCAAGAGAGAAGGUUAAGAGAAGAGGCAAUACGUGCUAAGGCUGAAAGAACAGCACGUAUUAAGGCUGAGACAAAGGAAAGGACUAUGAAAUCAUUUUUUUUGUCUCAGAAACACGUAGUAUAUACUGAGCCUCUUGAUGUCCGAGCUGGAAGUACAGUCACAGUUUAUUAUAAUCCUGCUAAUACAGUCCUAAAUGGGAAACCUGAAAUCUGGUUCAGAUGCUCAUUUAAUCGUUGGACUCACCGCUUGGGCCCACUGCCACCUCAAAAAAUGUUGCCUGCCGAAAACAGUUCACAUGUUAAGGCAACUGUCAAGGUUCCAUUGGAUGCAUAUGUGAUGGACUUUGUAUUCUCCGGGAACGAAAAUGGAGGAAUUUUUGACAACAAGAAUAACAUGGACUAUCACAUACCCGUGUCUGGUGCAAUUGCAAAAGAACCUCCAAUGCACAUUGUGCAUAUUGCGGUUGAAAUGGCUCCCAUUGCAAAGGUGGGAGGCCUUGGUGAUGUUGUCACUAGUCUUUCCCGUGCUAUUCAGGAUUUAAACCACAUUGUGGACAUCAUCCUUCCCAAGUACGAUUGUGUGAACUUUAAUCAUGUUAAGGACUUAGAGUUUCACAAAAGCUACUCUUGGGGUGGAACUGAAGUAAAAGUUUGGUUUGGGAAAGUUGAAGGCCUCUCGGUGUACUUUUUGGAGCCGCAAAAUGGGUUCUUUUGGAAAGGAUGCAUAUAUGGCUCAAACAAUGACACCGAGAGAUUUGGCUUCUUUUGUCAUGCUGCUCUGGAGUUUCUACAGCAGGGUGGAUUCCAUCCAGAUAUUAUUCAUUGCCAUGAUUGGUCUAGCGCUCCAGUUGCGUGGUUGUUUAAGGAACAAUACAUGCAUUAUGGUCUUAGCAAAGCUCGUGUUGUUUUCACAAUUCAUAACCUUGAAUUCGGUGCACAAUUCAUCGCGAAAGCAAUGCAAUAUUCGGACAAAGCUACAACUGUAUCGCCCAAUUAUUCGAAGGAAGUAUCUGGAAACCCCGCCAUUGCCCCUCAUCUUUACAAGUUUCAUGGUAUAGUUAAUGGGAUUGACCCCGACAUCUGGGAUCCGUACAAUGAUAAGUUCAUCCCGAUUUCAUAUACCUCAGAGAAUGUGGUUGAAGGCAAACGGGCCGCAAAGGAAGCUUUACAGCAGAGACUUGGGCUGAAAACGGAUGAUCGUCCUUUGGUAGGAAUUAUUACUCGUCUAACACACCAGAAAGGAAUCCACCUCAUUAAACACGCCCUAUCUCGCACGUUAGAACGUGGUGGACAGGUUGUCUUGCUAGGUUCGGCCCCCGACCCUCGCAUUCAAAAUGAGUUUGUUGAUUUGGCAAACCAUAUGCAUUCAGCAUUUCACGGCCGGGCACGUCUCUGUCUAACAUACGAUGAGCCUCUUUCGCACCUGAUAUAUGCCGGUGCAGAUUUCAUUCUAGUCCCGUCAAUAUUUGAGCCAUGCGGACUAACUCAGCUCGUAGCAAUGAGAUAUGGUUCAAUACCUGUUGUUCGUAAAACCGGAGGACUUUAUGAUACUGUAUUUGAUGUUGACCACGACAAAGAGAGAGCUCGAGCUAGCGGUAUUGAACCGAAUGGAUUCAGCUUUGACGGAGCGGAUGCUGCCGGAGUUGAUUAUGCACUCAAUAGAGCAAUCACUGCUUGGUAUGAUACUCGGGAUUGGUUCAAUUCACUAUGCAAGAAGGUUAUGGAGCAGGAUUGGUCUUGGAAUCGCCCGGCUCUUGAUUACUUGGAACUUUACCAUGCAGCUCGGAAAUGAAAGCGACGGGUUCAAGGAUGUCCCGGGCCAUAGAAAAUGGCGUAGAAACCUCGUUCGUUCUGCCACCAUGUACAGGACCACUCCAGAAUAAUAGGGUACAGCCAAAGAGUCUUGCACAAUUUUGCCCAUCUGUUUUUUUUUUUUUUUCUGCAGCAUGUAAGAUAGUUCAGUGUCCAAUAAUGAAACAUUUCAUUAGUUUUUCUGCUUCUUUUAGAGCUCAUUCAAAAGAAUCAACUGGGAAAUUGAAGUGAGGAAUGUGACAGAUGUUUUGUUUUAA